CUCUUCGCGUUCCCCCCUGUUAAGAUGAUGGGACUCCGCUUUCCGUUUGCCUUCUCCCUCCUCUUCUUCGCUUCCAUCCCAAUCCUCGUCCAUGGCGGGAUACCCGAGCCCAGUUUCUACGACCCCAAACCGGUCACCCAACUCUCUUGGCGCCCCAGGGCCUUUUUGUAUAGGGGUUUCCUCUCCUACGAGGAAUGCGAUCACCUCAUCAAACUGGCCGAGGGUCAGCUGGAGAAGUCGACGGUGGCGGACAACGACUCGGGGAAGAGUUUGAUGAGCGGCGUCCGCACGAGCUCCGGCACAUUCCUCGAGAAGCAACAGGACGAAAUUGUCACGAGAAUUGAACGCAGGGUUGCUGCUUGGACCUUCCUUCCAGAAGAAAAUGCGGAGUCUGUCCAAGUACUACGGUAUGAAAAAGGUCAAAAGUAUGACCCUCAUUUUGACUAUUUUAAUGACAAAUUCAAUAUAGAACGUGGAGGUCAUCGAUUUGCCACGGUGCUUAUGUACUUAUCCAAUGUCAAGAAGGGUGGGGAAACCGUCUUUCCAUUUGCAGAGGUAAAUAAUUGGCGACUCACCUUUUACCCAAUCAAAAAGUCUCUCCCUUAUAACAGCAAUGUGAAUCAAUUGCAGGGUGGAGUUUCCCAAUACAAAGAUGAAACUUGGUCUGACUGUGCAAGAGCCGGUUAUGCAGUGAAACCUAACAAGGGCGAUGCUCUACUCUUCUUCAGCCUUCACGUAAAUGCGACAACAGAUCCAAGGAGCCUGCAUGGAAGCUGCCCGGUCAUCGAAGGUGAAAAGUGGUCUGCAACAAAAUGGAUUCAUGUGAGGAACUUUGACCGCCCGGUUAGACAAAGCUCAAGCGUAGGAUGUUCGGAUGAGGAUGAGCGCUGCCCAGAAUGGGCAGCUGCAGGGGAAUGUGGGAAGAAUUCUCUGUACAUGGUAGGAACCAAAGACUUUGAUGGAUAUUGUCGGAAGAGUUGUAGGAUAUGCGAAUCAUAAGCUCCGGUUCAUACUAUGAAGGCUGCUGCACAAUAGGUGUCAAAAAAGGAGAUCCAUUCAUAACUUUAAAAGCUAUUUAGCAGAGCUGAAACUUGAAUCUUACCCUA